UGGGGCCAGAUGGUCCCUCCCUAGAGUCGGCUUUUCACAUGAGCGCACACCCAGAACGCUUGCAGAGGAAAAGCACACUCUGCUGACAAAAGUACUGCAGUUUGACACUUUUUCUGUCUGAUGACCAUGAGGAUGAGGCUUCAUUCCAGCUGCCACAGGUGUUCCGCGAGAUAAAAAAAAAAAAAAAAAAAGUUAAAUGCACAUCAAUCUACACGCACGGACGUCCCAGCUUGCCAUCCACCGUGACCAAGUUGGCUCUGCGUGGAUGGCAUCACUAUACCAGCUCCAAGAUGGCAUUUACAGUAGUCAACGCCACUGAGGAGUUGCUUGCCGAGGUGGAUAUAUGUAUGUUUGAGAAUAAUAGUCGCCAUGAGGUCGUCCCGUCCAUUGUCUGCUUCGUCUGCCUUUCAUUCGGCCUCAUCUACUGCUUCCUGGGGUACCGCUGUUUCAAGAUGGUCAUCUUCUUUUCUGGCUUCCUGUUCGGAUCAACAUCUGUCCUCUGGCUGUACCACAGUGAGACCCUGCUGCAAGUUCACCCGGGGGCCGAGACCAAAACCGGGAUUGGCCUAGGCGCCGGGGUGCUCUGCGGCCUGGCGAGCAUGCUGGUGUCGACGUUGGGUCUCCUCCUCUGUGGCCUCCAGCUGGGCUGCCUGCUCUCCUGCACCACCCUAGUGAUUAUUGGACAGUUUUACAGUGUCACGCCCGUGUGGGUGCCCCUCAGCGUCAUCAUGGCUGCUGGCAUUGCCACGGCUGUGCUCACACUGCAGUGGCAGAAACUGUUUGUCAUCAUAUACACAUCUUUUUUUGGUGCCACCACUGUGGUGCUGUGUGUGGAUUACUUGCUGGGCGCCUUUAUGCUGCUCGAUCAGGUUUAUGAUAUGUUUUGUCAAGCAUCCCCACUUCCACUCUGCUGGUUCAACUGGGUUAUAACUGGAAUUUGCCCUCUUUUCGGUCUGACAGGCGUGUUGACACAGUGGAAUUUUACUUCCAAAGGAGCAUCACAUACAAAGGCUGCGCAUAAAAAUCGGAAGAAACAUGCCAAGAAGCAUAAAUACGCAGAAUUCAGAAGAAGACAACAUUACCGUCGGCGUGGGCCUCCGCCUCUAAAACGCUACGCUGGGGACGUCCUUGCACCGAGUUACCUGCGCAGCCUGCAGGAGCGCCAGGCGGGAACGGGCUCGUCCACUAGCAGUGACAGCACCAUCACACACACUCUCAUCGACUUUGACUUUGAAACAGGCUCCAUGGUGUCUUUGACUGCAGCCUCGCCAGCUUGUAUGGUGUGAAGUGAUUCAUAACAGGGAACUGCAGUUACCUAGAUGGGACAGUCCCAUUCUUGCAUAUUUUUUGCACAUGCAGACAUGCUUGGUAUGAUGAAUAUGAAAUAUUUCAUUAUACUAAAAGAAAUGUUUUAUUCAUUUAAUCAUGACUCCACUAUACAGUUAAAAAUAUGUGGCACACAUGUCAUGUGUGGGUUCACUGUAACAUGCAACAUACACUAUUGGAAAUAUAAAACAAACAACAAGGCCCUUUCUUUGCAAAAAAAAAAAAAGAUUUAUUUUAAGAUAUUAACAUUUAUUUAUUUUUGAACACCCCAAACAUAGCUGAAUAUAUUGGCAAUGUAAAUGUUUGUAAAUUACCACACAACACUAUCAACAAGAUCCAACCAUCCAUUUUCUGAGUCGCUUCUCCUCACUAGGGUCGCAGGCGUGCUGGAGCCUAUCCCAGCUGUCAACGGGCAGGAGGCGGGGUACACCCUAAACUGGUUGCCAGCCUAUCGCAGGGCACAUACAAACAAAACCAUUUGCACUCACAUUCACACCUACGGGUAAUUUAGAGUCUCCAAUUAAUGCAUGUUUUUGGGAUCUGGGAGGAAACCGGAGUGCCCGCAGAAAACCCACGGAGAACAUGCAAACUCCACACAGGCGGGACCGGGGAUUGAACCCGGGUCCUCAGAACUGAACCCGGGUUCUCAGAACUGCUCUAACCAGUCGGCCACCGUGUCGCUAUCAACAAGAUGAAAAAACAAAAACAUAUUGCAAUAGAAAUAGUAAAUAUAGUAUAUUUUUUAAACAUGAAGCAACGGUUUUGACAGAUGAUUUUGCAACCAUGCUUUACUGUUUAAAAAGCAACAAUAUGUAGUAGUUUCAUAAUCCACACUAACUUGUAAUACAGUAGUGCCUUGAGAUACAUGCUUCAUUUGUUCUGUGACCACACUCGUAACUUAAAACGCUUUUAUCUCAGAUAGUCUUCCCCCAUUGAAAUAAAUGGAAAUAUCAUUCAUGCCAUUUAACUUACAAGUUGAAGCAAAAAAAUAAUAAUCUGAACGAAGGCUCGUAUCUCGAAAACCUCGUAAGUUGUGUCACUCGUAUCUUGAGGUGCCACUGUAUAUGGGAAAUCAGCAUCUGCCAUGCCAUUGUGAGGUGGGUACACUUUGCACUAUAUAUGUUUAGGCUCUGUACGCCUUCCUUACUUUUUUUCCUAUCACACCCAAGAAUUAUUGCACCAAAAGUUAUGGUUUUGCAUUGGUAGUCUUGAGAUUUCGUUAUACCCUGCAACCUGUGCCAGAUAUGACAACAAAACUGAGCCUGUUUUGUUUCUGUCUUUUGUAGGUAGUGUUCUUUUCUUUGUACACACCCACGUCACUGGCAAAAUUACCUUUUUGUUCAAGAAAUAAAAAAACAAGUCAUCACUGAAAUAACUUGAAAGUGGCAUUUACUGAAAUUCAUCUUGACAGGUCACAAUGCUUGUGCACGUCGGUUAAGUUUGUGUUGAAUCACUAGUGCCCCCUGGUGGUAGUGUUUACAAGCAUUUGAAAUACCCUGAGGCACUUCCCAAGAGUUUGGGGAUCAUAGCUUGUGGUAAAUUUAUGGCUUAAACUGGUAAUACAGGCAAUUAUCACUUUUAGUCAAUUAUUCAUGGCUUUUCACCAGUGGUGCCUUGAGAUACAAGUUUAACAAGUCAGGUCACUCAAAUCUCAAGGCACCGCUAUUUUUUCCAGUCGGGCUCAGUCUCAAUGCUACGCAAAGAGCAGGGGUCCAACUGGAGUUCAAUCUGCUGCUUAUGAGCCAAAAAAAUCAGAACAAGAUCAUUUUGUUGCAGCAUGUACUUUUAAUAAAGAUGGUGCCUUGGCUGUGAUCAUUCAAAAAGCACACACGUCAACAAAUCACUUCCUUUCUCAUUGUUUUUUAAAAGGUAUAAAAUGGAAGAGACAGAACAUAGGUUGUUUUUUUAAAGAUGUUUACAACUGAACAUCGGGGCCAAGCUGAGUGUAAAAUGUAAAUAAAUGGGCAGACUUGGCAUGAGUCACUACUCAGUGUUCAUCAUGAAGACGUAAAAUGGAGGCUGGAAUCACAGAGGAUGACGUCAACCAAGUUUGUCCGUUCUCACGAGUGGCGUUCCAGCUGCUCUAAUUCGUCUCGCAGAGCUGCUGCCCUGGCCAACUUUUCCAACUGAUCCUGCGUUGGCUGCUUUAUUUCCCCUGAGUCCACCUUCUGCUGCAGUUCCUCCACCUGACGCAGCUUCUUUCUCAUAUUCUUAAUUUUCUUGGCUUUUUCCACUGCAGGGGAAUCCUCUGCCACCGCCACCUUGAAUGAGUGCGCACCGCCCUGUGAGAUGGUCACAUUCUCAACAGCAUCAGCGAGCGACGCCACGUCGACCUCGUUCUCCUCCAGCUCCUGCUGCUGCUGCUGUUGUUUUCGCUUUUCUUUACGUUUCAGGUUGCGUUUGACUGACUUGGAGAGACCAGCGGUGUCGUUGUCCGCACAUCCCGGGAUCUUUAGCUGGUGUGGUGGCUCGGCAUCAGAUGCACUCAGGCCUGGUGGAAGACCUGGUUUAUUCUUGAAGAACUUCACGUAUUUGUUUUCAUAACUGAAACACAAAGAGCGAAUCCGAACAUUACAAAAAUAAAAACACAUAUCAUCCCAUAAAGCUGUUGGGAACAAGUUCACUUACACUGGGACCUCUUCUUGGGGGACGUAGCCUUCCUUCACCCGCCGCGGUUUCCUCCACGUACCGUCCGGUCGCUGUGUGGCGGCAAUGUAUUUUCCUAAAGAACAACCACAAAUAACAUUGAAGGUAACUGUCAAGGACGCAAACACAAUUAUAAAGCUUACAUUUGUUCCAUUAACACACGGGAUAUAAAAAGUCUAUGCACCUCAGUUCAAAUGCCAGAUUUUUUGUUAUUAAAAAAAUGAGACCAAGAUAAAUUAUUUAAAAACUUUUUGCAUCAUUACUGUGGCCCAUAAACCGAACAACUCAAUUGAUAAAGAAAAAUAAAAAAUUAAAUAUUUUAGAGAGGAACAAAUGAGGUAAUGUGGUUGCACAAGUAAAUACAGGUACAGUACAUCAAUGAAUUCGAAUGGUGUCAAAAGCUUAAUUUAGUUGGGUAGUUUAAUUAAAAUUCCAUAUUAUAGAGAGGCACGACACAGUGAAAUAGUUCAUGAUUUUUUCAUAUAUACAGUACUGUGUAUUGGCCCCUUUCCUCACUUUAAGAUCAUCAAACAAAGAUAAAUAUCAGACAAACAUAG